UUAUCGUACCGGUUCAUUUGUUUUCUAUAAUUGUUUUCUUCGAUAAUUGAUCCGUAUAUAAACCGGCAGUCAAACCCCAACGACUGUAGUACAAAAUCAUCAUGAACAAGUUAGUUUUGGUGUUCGUUUGCACUUUGGCACUGGUGUAUGCCGGCGUUGUGAAAGAUUUGACAGAAGCCGAGAAGGACCGUUUCAAAGAAAUCCACAAGAAAUGCAUGGACGACCCGGCAACAUCAGCAGAUGAAGAUCUGCUCAAAAAAGUCCACCAGGGAGUAUACACCGACGACGAAAAAGUUAAAGUCCACAUGCUUUGUAUGGCCAAAGGUUUGAAGUUCUUGACGGAGGAUGGUAAAUUGAACACGGACUGGGUUAAGAAUAAAUGGGAGGAACAUUACAAUGGUGACGAUUUGACUAAAUUGAACGCUUGUUUGGUCGAAAAGGACACACCCGUCGAAACUUCUUGGGCUUUGUUGAAGUGUCAGCAUGAAGCUGUCGGUGCCACCCAUCACCAUCAUCUUCAUUCACAUUAAAUAAAUCAAAGUAAGGAUGUACAAUAAUAUUAUAUUUUUUAUGAGA